UAUAUUGAUUUUUUAAAGAUUAAACGUCAGAAACGUGAUUAUGUUAUCAGUCACAUAAUUAGUACAAUAUAAAGAAUAGGUUGUAUAGACAUUAGUCAGUUCUCUUAAUUAUUAAUUCUACCACAUGUAAUAAAUACAUUCCAAAAUGUUUUUACUGCAUUGUUAGCAACUUCAAUAAGUAUUAAUCAAGUUUUAUAAGACCAAGACAUGGACAUGAUAAAUAUAACUGGAGUCGUGUAUGAACCAGCUGAAAAUGUCACUAGAAUUUUAACUAGAGAAGAACAAUUGAGAGAAGAACAUAAAAAGUUACAUGAACUUCAUAAAGGCCAUGAGUCAAUGCAUGCUGAAAUGCUAUUAAUUCUUAUGGUUACUAUGAUUGUCGCUCAAAUAGCCUUAAUAGAAUGGAAAAGAAGACAUUUUAAAUCAUUUCAAGUUGUGACAUCUGUAGCCUUAUGGGUUAUACCAUGUAUAAUGUGUGUUCGCAUGUCAUAUUGGAGGUUUAUUGUAUUUUGGAUUUUGUUUUCAUUGAUCACAGGACUAGUCGUGCGGAAAGCUUUAGAAAAACCUUUACAAGGGUCAACUCCUAGAUUGGUGUACAAAUGGUUCUAUUUCGUCUACAAACUAACCUACGUACUUGGUAUUAUUGGUUACUUCAUCAUGGUAGCUGCAUUCUUUGGCAUAAGUGUUGUUUUCAAUGUUAACCCAGCUAUUUGGAUGGAUUUUGGAUUGAUUAUUAUGUAUUAUGGAUUAUAUUUUGGUGUGCUUGGACAAGAUGUUGCUGAAAUAUGUGCAUCAGUAAUGGCUGCACAUCUAGGAUAUUAUACACCACAAGGAAUGCCAACUAGAAGCUUGGAUAAAAAUAUUUGUGCUGUGUGUGGUAACAAACUUUUAGUGAGUGCUGGCGAAGAGGGUAUAAUUGAAUCUACUUUUCAACUAACUUGUGAUCAUACGUUUCAUGAAUUUUGUAUUCGUGGAUGGUGUAUUGUUGGCAAAAAACAAACGUGUCCAUAUUGUAAGGAAAAGGUUGACCUUAAACGAAUGUUCCGUAAUCCAUGGGAAAAACCUCAUGUUUUAUAUGGUCAAUUAUUAGAUUGGUUACGUUGGUUUGUAGCCUGGGGACCAAUUAUAAUGACUGUAAUUCAGUUUAUAAAUUAUACGCUUGGACUGAAGUAGUUCAAUAUUAAAACAAUUUUUG